AUGAUGUUUGUCUCUGGAGAGACUGCUGAGCCUUCCCCUGAAACUACUACUUUGAUUGAAGAAAUCACCCGCCAACAAGUCAUUGAAAUCCUUACCCGAAGCACUGCGUUGGCAACCCGGCGUGGAGUUCGCUCUAUCUCCACGGACGACCUGAUUUUUUUGAUCCGCCACGACAAGGCCAAGGUAUCUCGUCUUCGAACAUUUCUUUCCUGGAAAGAUGUCCGCAAAAACGUCAAAGAUUCCGACGACAAGGGAGGAGGUGAUGCCGCGGACUUUGCUGCCGCCGAUGAUGCAGCAGGCGCCGUCGCAGGCCCUGCAGAUGUAGCCGCCAAACCCAAGAACAAGCGAGCAAAGGUCGGACUUGCCUGGGACGUCAACAGCUUCUACUCGAUCCAAGUGCCAGAACGCGAGGACGAAGAGGACGAAGAAGAGGAAGAACAGAACUACGCAACCCUUCAGCGCCUCGCCGCUGCUGACGAACGCACCCGACACAUGACAAGAGAAGAGUACGUUUUCUGGUCCGAGUGUCGCCAAGCAUCCUUCACCUACCGAAAAAGCAAGCGGUUCCGCGAAUGGGCGGGUUUCGGCAUCGUCACCGAGUCCAAGCCAAAUGACGACAUCGUGGAUAUCCUAGGAUUCCUCACUUUCGAAAUCGUCCAGACCCUGACCGAAGAGGCGCUCAAAGUCAAGGAACGCGAAGACAACGAGAAGAACCGUCGUGGAGGUGCCGAUGCAGGCGAGAACUUGAAGAAGCGCAAGCGCGAGACUGGUCUAUUUGACCCGCCUGAGGAGGGCCGCACGCCUAUCGAACCGCGGCACGUACGUGAGGCAUAUCGCAAGUUGCAGGCGACGCCACAAAAGGCCGUUGCAAUGCUGCUGCAUGAGGGCGGCAUUCCUGCGCGUCUUCCUCUUGUUUUGAUUUGA